CCACACACGGCUGUGGAGUGGUGGGGCUGUAUGAGGUGGGGUCACACAUCAGUUCUUUCCCAUGCGAUAAGUGCCUGCAUCUAGUGGAUCCGGUAGCCAUGUUCACUGCAAGAAGAGGUCGGGUUUCAUAACGUGGAAUUUGCUGCUGUGGGACAUUAUAGAUCACUUUAUGUGUAUUUAAGGAUACUGGUAAGGGUCUGUUAGAGAACUGCGUUCCCAGAAUAAAUCACUUCAGCCAGAAAUGCCCUUCAUGGAGAAAGAUUAUAGACCGGGAGAAGGCAGAGUGGGUCAUUGUCACCUCUGCUUACUUGCCUUAGUCUCACUCUUUCCAGGACAGCUGGUUCUGGCUGUCUUCAAGAUACUUCAAGAACUGCCAGCAUCAACCCUUGUCUGCACUAGUGAAGCUUCUCUUUUGAACCUCUUGUUGUGGAUGUUAAUGAAAGUUCUCCAGAAAUCCCAAAAUGGAGCUGUUUUUGGACUGUGAAUGCCCCAGGUUCACAUCAUCUUGUUCCUCCUUCCUUCCCAGUUUCGUUUUGUAUGCAGGUUUGUCAGGCCUUCUUUUUUGAUGUCCCCCUCCUGGGAUCCCCCUAAGUGGCUGUGUGAUGCUACCAGGCCCCAAAGCCUUGCAGCUGGUUGACAGACACCCCAGAUGUUUGGGGAGUUUUGUUUCACUUUGGGAAGACCCUAUGAAACAGAUGCACAUAUGGCCUAGCACCUCUCAGUUUCUUCUGGCUGCACCAUGCUAGGAGGAUUGUUGUGGUUAAGUUACUUUGGCUGCUGUACUUAAUAUGCUUUGUCCUGUCAGCCCCUCUUGUGAAAUUUGGCAUUCUUGUACAUUUGGCAGUGCUCAGGUAACUUGUCAGAUCCUUGAGCAAAAGCUGAGCUUUCUCUAAAUUGCUUUUCAGAUUUAAAGAUCUGAACACUUCAGAGGAGAGGUCUUUCUGUGUCAGGGUGAUUUCUGUUUGGAGCAGGACCGCUGAGAGAAGUCUGCUGCUCUGUGUGCCUGCUUGGCUGCCUGCUGCUGGUGGAGACCUGGGCCUUGGAUCCUUGCAUUCAGCGGCUGGAACAUGAACAGAGCCCCUUGCUUUUCAGGUAGCAAGGAAAAUGGAUGAUGAUGAUGAUGACGUUCCCCAGCUUUCAUCCCAUACAUUGGCUGCCCUCCAGGAGUUCUAUUUGGAACAGCAGCAGAGAGAGGGCAUGAAGACCUCCCAGGGGUUUAAUCAAUAUUCUGUUGGCUCAAUAGAAGAAGACUGGCAACUGAGCCAGUUUUGGUACAGUGAUGAGACUGCAUCGUGCCUGGCUAAUGAAGCGAUUGUGGCAGCAGGAAAAGGUGGCAGGAUAGCCUGUGUCAGUGCACCCAGUGUGUACCAGAAGCUGAAAGAACAGGAUGGCACAGAUUUUUCCGUGUGUAUCCUGGAGUAUGACAGAAGGUUUUCUGUGUAUGGAGAAGAAUUUAUCUUCUAUGAUUACAACAACCCUUUGAACUUACCUGAACAUCUCCUGCCGCACAGUUUUGACAUUGUGGUAGCAGAUCCACCCUAUCUGUCCGAGGAGUGUCUUCAAAAAACUGCAGAGACCAUCAAAUACUUAACAAAAGGAAAGAUUCUGCUUUGCACAGGUGCAAUCAUGGAGGAACAGGCAGCAAAGCAUCUUGGUGUGAAGAUAUGCAAGUUUAUUCCAAAACACUCUCGGAAUCUGGCUAAUGAAUUUCGAUGUUAUGUGAACUAUGCUUCUGGACUGCACUGAUUCUUGGGAGAAGAUCUGGAACUUUCUCAGAAGAUCUGGAACUUUCUGAGAAGAUCUGGAACUUUUUCAAUCAAGUUACUUUGUAUUUUUUCUCAGUGACUCACAAUGCUGAAACAUUCCACUCCAAGCAGCAUUUUCUGGGCUAGAAGUAACCAACACAGGAUGAUAGUGUUUCUCUUUUAAAUGUGUGAGCAUUUGCAAGUGUUGUUUACCUUACUUGUUAGGUAAGUGGGGACACAAACAGUGCAGGUUCUGCAUAAUGGAAACUUCUUCAUUAGAGUUCCAUUCCAACCAGUAGUUUUUACCACUGGAGUACUUUUCUGUGACCUUUCUGAAGUGAUUUUAGCUGGUUGGCCUCUAACGCCACGUAGGUGCUUGCCUGACAGACAUCAGAUCUGUCAGCUGUGUCAGCCUGCUGACUUGGUAGCUAGCAGAUGAUUGAAAGAGCGUGAAUGUUGGUCUCCCCUUUCAGAGCUGUUUGUUCUGAACAAGAUGUGCCCAGAUUCAUUAUCCAGCAAGCUGAUGUUUUUGUAAAGAAUAACUAAAGGGAAAACGCAUCUCCUUCUGGGUAGGUCUCUCCAGUUGCUUUUUAGAAUAAUCAAAGAUUUGCCAACUAAGAUAAGACCUACUAUCUAUUAUUGUCACCAGAGUGGCUUUAAAAAAAAAUAAAUGCAGAGGUUGUUUCACCUUUUAUAAAGGUUUUUCAAAAAUCCAGACUUUGUUUUUGUAGAAGAUGAGAUCUAUUUUGUCAGCAGUUGUCACCAUGUAAACCUGCAUACAUGUGUCGUGCUUGAAAAAAGUCGUGUUAAACAUCUCUUUGCAGCAGUACAGUGCAUUUAUUUUGCAAUACAGAAUAAACAUGAGCAACAAAAACUGAUUAACUUGAAAAACAAACAAGAAAUACCCAACUAGACUUUUGUAUUCACUAGCUAAGCUUAUCUCUAAAUGUUGGUAUAAACCUCACGUCUCCUUGAGAAAAUCACAAUAAGGAUUCACCCCCUAGACAGAGCUUUACUUUCAAUAAGAAUGCUGUAUGUAAGUCAGGUAAAAUCAGCUUAAAAUACAAAAUAAUUAAUAAAAAUGCCACACAUCA